UUCUCCAAACAAAGCAUCCCAACAAAGUGUCACACCCCCCUCAGUAUCAUGCACUCAAAGCAAAGUAUCAAUCAAGAUUUAUAAACAAAUUUAGUACUAGUAUCAUCCUAUACAGAGUCACUCUUUUCCUGUCAUAACAAAAGUUUUCCCGCAUAUCUCUUUCUUCUGAUCCAUGGCUUAUCUACUCAUAGCUUUUGUUUCUUUUGUCUUUCAAUUUUUAGUCCCUAAAGCUUAUAGCUAUGGCCAUGCACAUGGCUGCCGAUCAUACUGCGGAAACUUGACCAUCGAUUACCCUUUUGCACUUCAACCGGGCUGCGGCCACCAGGGCUACCGAGACCUCUUGUAUUGCAUCAAUAAUGUGCUAAUGUUUCACAUUAGUUCAGGCUCGUACCGUGUUUUGGACAUUGAUUAUGCAUACCGUUCCCUCACCUUAGACGAACCUCACAUGUCGACGUGCACGUCGAUCAUGCUCGGUAAACGGGGCAACGGGUUCGUGGUGGAGCGGUGGCGGGAGCCGUACUUGACCCCCAUGACUGACAAUGUGUUCAUGCUGCUACAUUGCAAGGCAGAAUCACCACUCUUCCAAGGUUUCUCUGGAAAGCACUUGCCCUGCAGGAAUGUUGCUGGGAUGGGCUGUGAUGACUAUUAUAGUUGUCCAGCGUGGAGCCUAAUUGGGCCGCAACGGGCGGGCUCGGUGUAUGGAUCAGGCCCGCCCGAAUGCUGUGCAAUAGCAUAUGAAGCAAUCAAGGAUGUAAAUUUGACCAGGCUUGGUUGUCAAGGGUACAGCAGUGCUUAUAAUUUAGCACCUUUGAGACUGACUGGCCCUGAUGAAUGGUCUUAUGGUAUAAGGGUGAAAUAUUCAGUUCAAGGAAAUGAAACAUUUUGCAAAGCUUGUGAGGCAACUGGUGGAUCUUGUGGCUAUGAUGUCAAUGACUUUAGCAGUUUGUGCAUGUGUGGUAGCUGGAAUUCUACUUCGAAUUGCGAUUCAGUUCCCUCAACUUCGCAUAGAAGAACUUGGUCCUUCAUGGAUGCAUUAACAGGAUUUUCGAUCUGUAUAGUCAAUUGGGAGCUCGCCAUCAAACUUGGAUUAUAGAAGCAGUUUGUUUCCAAAAAUCCACAUGGACCUUGAUUUUGUCGAGUUCUGUAAAAAGUCAAAAACGGAAUUUUCAAAUACAAUUUUUGAGAAAUAGACGCCAAGGAAACUACAAAGCAAUAACAUCAACGCCUGGGCCACAGUUGGAAAUAUGCAUUGUUGUGUUUUAUAUUAUGCCACAAUUCCUUGGUCGGUAUUAAAACUUAGUUUGUUUGUGCGUACCUAAUUUUAAGAUGUCUCUCAAUAAUGAAGAAAUUGAUUAUAUCGUCACAUGUACAUACAACAAAUUUUGAAUGAUUUUUUCAAUUUAGUAUCUU